AUGAGAACCUAUCAUUCAACCGUAAAGGCUCGUUUGCAUUUAGGAAGCCGAAAAGAGCGCUGCAUGGGUAGUAUCUGGCGAUCCAAGCCUUGCCGUCGCCGGAAACUUGUCUGCAUUCCCGCCGGCCCUGCGCUCUCCGUCUCACACGCUCUGACCCAUCUCACCGGCGUGAUCGCGCAGGGGGUCAUCGAUCUCAGCGACGAAAAGCACGGCCAGGCAUCGCUACUCAAGAUGAUCGGCAACAACAUGAUCAUGUCCACGAUGGAAACGGCAGCGGAAGUAAAUGUGUUUACCAAGAAAGUUGGACUGGGGCCUGCAAAUGCGCAGAACAUGGUCGAAGCCUUUCCGAAAGCCGCGCCGGCGCUGUAA